UGUUGUUAGCAAAGCGUAUAGUCAGGAAUGGGACGCGCGCGCAAACAUACAUCCUUAUUACAAGAAUUUUUCAUUUGUUUUUUGCCUCUUAUGUAGCAAAACAAAGCUAAAGUUGCCAGAUGAUUUCGUUAUAAAGCCAACUAGAGCCCAUCAUUUAUAAAUUAUCAAAUUCCUUUCGCUAGUUUUUUAAUAAGCAAAAAAUGUCAGAACCGUCCUUUCCUCCUGCAAACAUAGUGAUGAAUAAUUCGUCAUCUGUAUCAAAAAGUAAAAAGAAAAGAAAUAAGAAGAAGAACAAGAAGGCAGGAUCUUCACAACAGUCUCCUGCUGCUUCCGUUCCACCAACCGAGGCAGUCACUCAAGGGGUCACUGGGGCUGAAGGGACAACUGGAGAAUUCACCAGUAACGAUUCGUUGAAUCAAGACGAAGCUGCAGUGACAGCGCCUACAACACCAGAAGAACAGCCUAAGGUCACCGAGAAUGUUGACCAUCCUGAAAAAAUUGGUGCUGGUGAACAAGGAACUGUUGAACAGCCAGAAGAGCUAGGUGAACAAGGAACUGUUGAACAAGGAACUGUUGAACAGCCAGAGGAGCUAGGUGGACAAGAAACUAUUGAACAGCCAGAAGAACUAGGUGAACAAGAAACUAUUGAACAGCCAGAAGAACUAGGUGGACAAGGAACUGUUGAACGACCAGAGGAGCUAGGUGAACAAGGAGCUGUUGAGCAACCAGAGGAACUAGGUGGUCAAGAAAGUACACUUAUGCCUCCACAACGUAGAGAUACUGAUCAAGAUCCUUCGCGUACGGUACCAGCAGAGGGUAUGCUCCCAUCUGCUGUUACCCCUGAUGUCCCCGAGAAACAGGAAGAGAUAAAGGCGCCGGGUGCGCCACUUGUUCAAACACGGCCAUUAGCUCCAAUCCCUGUUGCCACUCCUCAGCUAACUGAACGUAGUGCUUUCCAGGAACCAACAUCUACAGUAUCUCCACCGCUCCCUUCCCCAUUUGAACCCAAAGAGACAUUCCCUUCAUCUACGGAACCAUUUGCUAUGGAACACAGUUAUCAUGAGUUGUCUGACAACGAAGAGAGUUGUGUUCGAUCCGCUGUUCAGUCCAAGUUUAUCGAUAUUGAUUUCAUCAUGAAGCAAGUCAAAGAAAAUAUUGACAAAGGCAUGUACGAGACUCCACGAGGUUCUCACGGAACUUUUGGAACCAGCGAUGCAGUUGCUGCUGCCACUUCUGCUACAGGAGCAAUGCCAGCAUCUAGCACGACGACUGCUGAUACAACAACUGAUGAAAACGUAAUGGACGAUACUACCAAAAGUACUGUCCCUGUUCAAGAAGACACAUUAAAGCAACCAGAACCUGCUGUUGUUAAUGAGCAGCCCACUGCUAUGCAGCCUGUGACAACAGCAACAGACACAAAGCAAAACGUUGCUACAACUACUAGUCCUACGGAACAAGACAACGUGCCUCAACCGGCUUCUGCAAAUGCUUCACAACAAGCAAUUACUGAUAAUGCGCCUCAACAAACAACUACCGAUAACGUGCCCCAACAAGCUGUUUCCGAUAAUGCGCCUCAACAACCAUCUUUGAAUGAUGCUUCUCAGCAACCUGAUUCUACUGUUGCUUCAAGACCACCUAAGCCCAAGAGAUCAUCUCAAAUUAGAUCAAGCAUUAUCUCUGCAGUUAAGAAAAGGAGAAGCUGUAUCAUCUUGUAAAAAGAGAAAAGUGAGUAAAUAUAUAGUUCCUACUUCUUUUUUUCUUCUUUACACACACAUAUAAUAACAAUCUCAUAAACCGCGUCUUUUUUU